CGAAGUGCUUGGAUUACAGGUGUGAUCUUCAUAGUAAUUUAAAAUAAACAACGUUGUAUUUGAUUAAUCUUAACUUCUUAUUCAUUCAUUCAAACAUUUUUUAUUGAAAGUCCAUUUUUGGUUACAUAUGAAUUGAGUAAGGGGGUUACAAUGGUGAGCAGCAGAGAUUUGGUCCCUGCCCUCAUGGAGCUUCCAGUCUAAUGAGGAAGAUGGAGGUGAGUCAGCUGACCAUACCAAUAGACUAGAGAGAUGCUCUCUCCUCCACUGUUGUUGUGAGUGGUAGCUGAACUGUUCAUUCUUUUAAAAAUCACAAACGCAUAGAAUCUUAAAGAAAUGCUAUUUACAUUAAACAUUUUAGUAUUUUUAACAUGUGUGCUUUACUAAUUUAUCAAUGUUUCAUUGUUCAUCAGUGUUUAUCAAUUUCCCAAUUAAUUGGCAUAGAGCUCAGAACCUAAGUGUGGAUCUCUUGAGUGAUGACUCAUUAUCUUCUUGGAUAAGCCACACCCAAAAUAUAUAUUGAAUACUUCUUCGUUUUGAUUUAUUAAAAAUGGCAGAAGACUUUGAUGGCAUUUGGCAAGCAAUCUAAGUGCAGAAUUUGCUAGUUUAAAAAAUUUUUCAUCCCAAUAUUAUGAAGUUGACACCUAAUAUAGUGAUUUUUAUAAACAAUUUGCCUUUAUUCUUUACAAAGCAUUCAAUUUGGUGUCAAUAAAACAUUCGUUUUUGUCCUUAUAUUUCCCUAAUUAUGUCAUAUUUAAUUAAUUUUCAUGAUUACAAUCACAAAUGACAUAAACAGACUUGGGAUGUAGCAGACAAUUAAAGUGGUGAGAGCAGGAUUGUGUGGGUUACUAGAGGAGACUUUUUGCUAUUAGGGUGCCACGUAGGCCUAUCGUAUGCUUUGCAGAAGAAAUGGAGCACAUUAGUUUCUCGGGUGACUUGGGGAAUGUAGGUUGGCUAAGAACGUUGUACUAUAAAUAUGUACAGUGAUAAGUGCUAUCGAGUGUAUUAUCAAGGAAAAGUACAGGCAGCUAUAAGGAGAUAUAGAGUAGCCGGAUUUAUUCUAAAAGUCCCAGAAUGCUUUCAUGAGGAAGAGCCAUUUGGGCUACGGUAUGAAAAGCACUAAGGGCCAACCAGGUGGAGAAGUUGUGGGUGCGUAAGGAUAGAGAACAGCAGGUACAAAUCUCUGCAAUGGGCUAAAGCUUGGACUGUUAAGGGACCAAGACAGCAGUGUGGCCAGGGUACAGGAAAGAAGGGCCAAGGCUGUGAAGGAUGAGGUUGUAGGAGGCGGGGGUCAUAUCUCAUAGAGUUUUGUAGGUCCUCUUAAGCCUUUUUGUUUUUAAUCAUAAAAGCAUUGGAGAGUUAUUAAAAGAUUCAGAAUUGUGAUUUAAAAAGAUUGUUCUGGCUGUUGUUUGGAAAAAAGAAUGAAGGGACAUCAGGUAGUGAUCCAAGUAGCCUAAGUAAGAAAUGUUGUCCUUAUUCUGAAAACUCUUCAUUGUACUGUUUUUCGUGGCCUGCUACGUGACUAAAUGGGUCUUUGAAAUACUUGAGGAAAAGCAGAGCCUAAAUUUAUCAUAGUUUAAAUCUUCUUAUCACCUAGGAAGACCUGAAACAGAAUUUUCUAUACUAUAUUCUUGCUUACCAUCUUCUCCUUUUACAUUUGUAUUUAUGUUCAUUGUUUCAGCACAUUAUGUUCUCAAAACAAUAGGGGAAAAAAGGAAAAGUCAUUCUUUUAAGCUUGUACCAUGCUAUUGACUUUCUCUGAAAGGACAACAAGUGUGUUUAUUUUAUCCCUGUGAGUCUAAAAAUUAACCAUGAAACAUCCUUCUUUACUUCUAAACUAUGUGUAACAAAGAAAUGCUUUAUUGCAAUUUCAUCAAUAAUUCAAAUGCAACUUAAAGGAAAGUAGGGCAGCUAAGGAAAAAAGCACACUUGUUCCAUAAUUGAGUCGAUUAAAUAGUAUUGAGUCCCAUUGUCAUAGUCAUAUUGAUGAAACAACUUUUAUAACUACAAAAGGUCUAAUAAGAAAUAAAACCUUAGAAUUAUGAUGCAACGUCAUGGACAUUUCUUAGUUUUUUGUUUUUUUUUUUCUAUUGUAAAAUACAAAUAACGAAAGCAACCUUUUACCAAAGUGCAAUAAUAAAGGAGCAGCUUUUGAAAGGUGCUCUCAUCAGGAUAUUAGUAGUUUUCAAGGCUGUGCAGUAAUAACCCAAGCUAUUUUGGAACUGUGCAUACAUUAGUGUUCUGGUGCAGCAUGAUACAAUAAUGUGUGAAAAAGUAUAAGAUCACACCUUGUUUAAAUUUGCAGUUUUUGUGCAUAAUCCCACAGUGAGCUCUUGCAAGAUUUUGACUGUUUAUAGGAGAAAAAAGUUUAUAGAAGCCUACAGAUUGGGGCCUGUUGUAAAUAUCUGACAAUGAAAAUAAGGUUUUAAAACAAUUGCAUGCCAUAUGUUUUGAAAGAUUAAAAGGUUAUGUUAAGUUUAUAUUAUAUAUAAUAUUUUGCAAUUCAACUUAUGGUUAGUUUCACCCAGUGGAAUCUUCAGAAUACACAUACAUAACCAUCUAAAGGAAAAUGUAGAUUUGCUCUAUUUCAUAUUUGCAGAGUAUGAUUGAAAAGUACAGAGUUUGAUUUUUGAAAACAAUGAUUGCACUAUAAUUUAUGCAUUCAUAUUAAUGUUGUUUUCAAAAUUGUCACCCAGAGAAGCAAAACCCCUUUUCCAAUGAUGCCAUUGUUCAAAACAUUUUGGAAAAACUUCCUCUCUCGAAAUUGUCCUUUGAAUCAUUUGCAAGCCUGACUAAAACAUCCAGCUCAUUACUUUCUAAUCGCAUUUUAUACCAAGAUUCAUCAUCCUUUUUUUUAUUCACCAGAAUUGGCUAUAAAUGUCUCUCUGAAAUGAUGAAAAUGGCUAAAAUUGACUUUCAAAUUAUGAAAUUUGUCACCAUUGAGGAUAUUUAGAAGUAUGUGUGCUUGCAUGUGUGUGCACAGACUUAGAAAACAGUUUCAGAUGGAGAGAAAGAUACUGUGAAUAAGUAUCUUUGAGUGAGUUGUGUUCUAAGGUGACCAUUAACAUGGUAAAAUACAUUUGAACUUAGAUGACAAGGUAUGUUUGUUUAAAAAAGUCAUACAUUAUUUUUUACAACGUAUACAAAGAAAAAUGCGAAUACGUCUUUUGGAAUGCAAGGCCAAAUACCUUAUAUAAUUAGCAGUAUAUUUUAUUAUUAAAACAAUUAAAGGAUUAAGCAACUACAAUGCUAAUCCUAUGUUGGCAGAUUGUUCAGAUAAGGUCCUAACGUGGGAACAUCUCUGUAUAAUUUUAUUUAAAUAUUGCCAUUGACUGUCUGAUCUGUAAGUAUGUGUAUUCAUUAGCAUCUUACGAAAUUCGUAUUAAUUUUUAUGUCAUUUGAAGGCACUAGUUGGUAGCACUUGGAAUUUUCAUUUCAGUUCACCUCUUCAUGUAAAUAAUUGACCUAGUUUUCGAAACUAUUAGUAAUUGUUUUCUUAGCCCUCAGUAAGGAACCCAUAUGGUUACAUGUGCUUGAAAUGUAAAAUAACUGGAAUAAAUUCCAAAUGCUUUCUUACUUUAAGAACUCUGUGGUCAUUCGGUGUUUAUGUGUUGAAUGACUUAUGAGUAAAAUGAAAAUGAAGUAGGACUAAAUUAAUAUACAUAUCCAGAAAUUCACCCAUUUCCUCCCACUUUGAACAUCUUUAUUGUGUUCCUUCUUAAAUAUGUAAGAAAUGAAAGAAAUGUUUGCCAGAGAGACUUAGGUGACUAGAUUUUCCUUUCUGAGUAUAAGGAGAGCAAACAAUUUAAAGAUAAUUUUGCUGUGGUCAGUUUUUGUGACCCUGUACCAUCUUUGUAAUGUCUGACUUCCAGCUUGAGUGCAUUACAAUAGGGAUCAAAUGUCUAUAUUUUAAGAAUGUCAUUGGUAGCUUUUUGAAAGUUCGUAGAUUUAAGUGUAAACCAAUGUUUGAACAUGAAGAUCUGGAACACACUUUUGUAACAUCACCUUUCAAUAUAGGUAGCUCAACAGUUGGAGACCCUAAUGACUUCUUGUUUAACAUGGUAUGUGAUUUACACAGACUAAUUUGUGUUUAUAGUAAUUAUUUUACCCUGGUUAACUACCUGUGCUAAAAUUUCUUUGCUUUCUGGCUUCUUACUACCCAAUUGUUUUUUUUUUCUUACCUGAAUGCAUGUAUCCUUGACUUUUCUAAACAUUUUAAAACACAGGAUUUAUGCAGGACUUGUUCCAAACUAAUAGAUACUUUGUUCUUUUUAAGCACGUUGAUUUAUAUUAAUGGAAUUGGCUAAUUUGUUUUUGUAAAGUUUUGUUUUCUUAAAGGGGGGAUGAGUUUUGAGGCACUAAAUCAAGCUGAACUACCUUUAGCUUUUUGGUAAAUUUAUGUCACUUAUUAAUUGCCACGAAUUUUUGACAACAAAUGUCAUAUUUGAAAUUCUACUGGAAGUAUAACAGUGUGAUAUUGUUCAUUUGUGAUAUGAUAAUUGUUCAUGAACAAUAUCUAAAAUCUGUAAUAGAUUAGAAAAUGAAAUUCCAGCGUUUUUUUUCCCCAUUGAUAAAGAUAAAUAUAGAAAGACCAUAUUUUAAAUAUGUCACAGUACUGCUAACAAAAAGUUAAGAGUUUUAGUGUUGUAGGAGUUAGGCUAGUAAGUAAUGUUUAUAUAAUCCUGAUAAACAUUUCCCCAUAACUGAAUUUUGAGUGGAAAACUUGGUUUCUUAAAAGGCUCUAAGUGGAAGAAAAAAUAUUGGAGUCUGUCUUCUUAUUGUGUAGUGUGUGUGUGUGUGUGUGUGUGUGUGUUUGUAUUUAGAUCCAGUUUAAUACCAAGUAAUGCCAACAUCUGGCAGAGAGAUGGAGAUCUGGGAAUUUGUUGCUCGAAACCCUGGGACAAAGUGUUCUGAUCUGACCGGCAAACAUAGCUGUGGACUUGAACUGAAACCUUCAGGGGCAGAAACGUCUUAAGUGUCUGGAAAAUUGGCCUGUUGAGUCACCGUGAAGGCACUAAAACAAAACUAAUUUUAAGCAGGUCAAAGUUCAGUGAUUCCCUCUGGAAUUCAAACUUUUUUUAAGAGUCUCAUGUUUAAGUGAAAAGGGUCAAAGUUGAUGCACUGUUACAAUGUUUUGAAUGCUUUCCCUUAAGAACAGCCACCCAAGCUGGGAUUAGCAUGAGGAACUGCAAGGCUGGCACUUCAGCGUCUGGGUUAAAAAUAUUUUAAAGCAGUAAAUGCAGUCAGUACAGAGAGAUCCCUGGGAGCCUUUCUAUUCAAAAAUGUGUGAGCUCAGGGCAGCGACUGCAAUGUAAUUUAGGGCAGUGUAUGCUUCAUAGCUUUGGAGAAUAUUGCUUCCUGUUAAUGUUCCAUCGGAGGAUGGUAGGAUAGUAGUAAUUUUAGAAGGUGGUAUUCCUGUUUGUCUUACAUCGAAAACUUCAGAAUAAAUAAAAGGAAACAUCAAUCGAACCAGAAAUGUAACUGUGGAAAAGUACCAAUGAAUCUAAAUUUGAACUGAACAGAUACAAAACCAGCAUGGGUGUAGGAAUAUUUUUAAAGAGGAAGCUAUGGCAAAAGCAACUUCCCAGGGAAUGGACUGAGCAGGCUUUUUAACCGGUCCAAGGUGUAGAGACAUACUUCAGAAGGAUCCUCAGAAGUUUUGGACAAGCCUCCCCCAAUGUGGCAGGUGCCGUGCUGGCCAUCGGUGACCCAAAGAUGAUGAAAAAUAUGUUCCUGCUCACGAGGAGUUAGCGACCUACUGGGCUUUCCUCUUGCUGAUGACAUGAUUCCUGUUUGAAUCUGUUGACAAGAUUCUGAAAGCCGAACAGAGAAUUCUGGCACUGCACUGGCAUUUCAAGAAAUAGAUAAUAUCAAGGAGACCGGGACACCGGGAGUGGGAGAGAUUGGACUGGGAGACUCAGCAGGAUGUCUUCCAAGCGACCAGCCUCUCCGUAUGGGGAAGCAGAUGGAGAGGUAGCCAUGGUGACAAGCAGACAGAAAGUGGAAGAAGAGGAGAGUGACGGGCUCCCAGCCUUUCACCUUCCCUUGCAUGUGAGUUUUCCCAACAAGCCUCACUCUGAGGAAUUUCAGCCAGUUUCUCUGCUGACGCAAGAGACUUGUGGCCAUAGGACUCCCACUUCUCAGCACAAUACAAUGGAAGUUGAUGGCAAUAAAGUUAUGUCUUCAUUUGCCCCACACAACUCAUCUACCUCACCUCAGAAGGCAGAAGAAGGUGGGCGACAGAGUGGCGAGUCCUUGUCUAGUACAGCCCUGGGAACUCCUGAACGGCGCAAGGGCAGUUUAGCUGAUGUUGUUGACACCUUGAAGCAGAGGAAAAUGGAAGAGCUCAUCAAAAACGAGCCGGAAGAAACCCCCAGUAUUGAAAAGCUACUCUCAAAGGACUGGAAAGACAAGCUUCUUGCAAUGGGAUCGGGGAACUUUGGCGAAAUAAAAGGGACUCCCGAGAGCUUAGCUGAGAAAGAAAGGCAACUCAUGGGCAUGAUCAACCAGCUGACCAGCCUACGAGAGCAGCUGUUGGCUGCCCACGAUGAGCAGAAGAAACUAGCUGCCUCUCAGAUUGAGAAACAGCGUCAGCAAAUGGAGCUGGCCAAGCAGCAACAAGAACAGAUUGCAAGACAACAGCAGCAGCUUCUGCAGCAACAACACAAAAUCAAUUUGCUCCAGCAACAGAUCCAGCAGGUUCAAGGUCAGCUGCCGCCAUUAAUGAUUCCCGUAUUCCCUCCUGAUCAACGGACACUGGCUGCAGCUGCCCAGCAAGGAUUCCUCCUCCCUCCAGGCUUCAGCUAUAAGGCUGGAUGUAGUGACCCUUACCCUGUUCAGCUGAUCCCAACUACCAUGGCAGCUGCUGCCGCAGCAACACCAGGCUUAGGCCCACUCCAACUGCAGCAGUUAUAUGCUGCCCAGCUAGCUGCAAUGCAGGUAUCUCCAGGAGGGAAGCUGCCAGGCAUACCCCAAGGCAACCUUGGUGCUGCUGUAUCUCCUACCAGCAUUCACACAGACAAGAGCACAAACAGCCCACCACCCAAAAGCAAGGAUGAAGUGGCACAGCCACUGAACCUAUCAGCUAAACCCAAGACCUCUGAUGGCAAAUCACCCACAUCACCCACCUCUCCCCAUAUGCCAGCUCUGAGAAUAAACAGUGGGGCAGGCCCCCUCAAAGCCUCUGUCCCAGCAGCGUUAGCUAGCCCUUCAGCCAGAGUUAGCACAAUAGGUUACUUAAAUGACCAUGAUGCUGUCACCAAGGCAAUCCAAGAAGCUCGGCAAAUGAAGGAGCAACUUCGACGGGAACAACAGGUGCUUGAUGGGAAGGUGGCUGUUGUGAACAGUCUGGGUCUCAAUAACUGCCGGACAGAAAAGGAAAAAACAACACUGGAGAGUCUGACUCAGCAACUGGCAGUUAAACAGAAUGAAGAAGGAAAAUUUAGCCAUGCAAUGAUGGAUUUCAAUCUGAGUGGAGAUUCUGAUGGAAGUGCUGGAGUUUCAGAGUCAAGAAUUUAUAGGGAAUCCAGAGGGCGUGGCAGCAAUGAACCGCACAUAAAGCGUCCAAUGAACGCCUUCAUGGUGUGGGCUAAAGAUGAACGGAGAAAGAUCCUUCAAGCCUUUCCUGACAUGCACAACUCCAACAUCAGCAAGAUAUUGGGAUCUCGCUGGAAAGCUAUGACAAACCUAGAGAAACAGCCAUAUUAUGAGGAGCAAGCCCGUCUCAGCAAACAGCACCUGGAGAAGUACCCUGAUUAUAAGUACAAGCCCAGGCCAAAGCGCACCUGCCUCGUGGAUGGCAAAAAGCUGCGCAUUGGUGAAUACAAGGCAAUCAUGCGCAACAGGCGGCAGGAAAUGCGGCAGUACUUCAAUGUUGGGCAACAAGCACAGAUCCCCAUUGCCACUGCCGGUGUUGUGUACCCUGGAGCCAUCGCCAUGGCUGGAAUGCCCUCCCCUCACCUGCCCUCGGAGCACUCAAGCGUGUCUAGCAGCCCAGAGCCUGGGAUGCCUGUUAUCCAGAGCACUUAUGGUGUGAAAGGAGAGGAGCCACAUAUCAAAGAAGAGAUACAGGCCGAGGACAUCAAUGGAGAAAUUUAUGAUGAGUACGACGAGGAAGAGGAUGAUCCAGAUGUAGAUUAUGGGAGUGACAGUGAAAACCAUAUUGCAGGACAAGCCAACUGAUAAGGGUCAAAAGAUUGUUGUGACCUUAGGACUUAAAGAAGCCCUAACUGGUUCAUCCUUACCAGUGGCCAAGCACAUUAACUUUCUCAUACACUGACUGUUACUUUAACUGUUAGUCUUAAAUAGUUGGGACAUCAGCUGACUAAUAGACCUCAGCCUCAAAAGGCUUGGAAAGAAAAAAAAAUACAACAAGCAAACAACAAUAUCAACAACAAGAGAUUGAAAUAAGCUAUGGGUAAAAUAAUGCCAGUAAUUCAGCUGCUACAUCCAAGCACUGAAGUCUUACCCGUCAACUUUUUUUUUUUUUAAAUAAACUUUAUGGCUGUUUGUUCUACAAUGUUCUAGAAAUUCUCACUCAGGUACACAGUGCCAACAAGUGGCUUGUGAAUGUGUUUUGUUGUUUUGUGCUACAAUUUUUAAAAAGAAAUAAGUUUUGUUUUGUUUUUUGGGGUUUCUGGGUUUUUUCCUUUUCUUUUUCUUUCCUUUCAUUUUUUUUUCUUUGUAAUGCACCUGACAGAAAAAAAAGAAAAAUGAAUUUCUCUUUACUUCUCUCCACCUUCUCCAUCUCUAUACUUUAAAGAUGGAAGUCUGUGCAUGAGGGGGAAGAGGGAAAAAGAGCCUGUUUUUAACUUCCUUGCUAUCCACCACAAAAUAAGCAAUUAUUUUCUUUAGAGGACUUUCUUUAUCUAUUGCACACCACACUACAUCUUUGAGCAAGUGCCAAAUUUGUACUGAAGUGUUGACCAAGUUCAUUUUUUCCCUUUACUUUUUCCUGUUCCUUCUUAAGUUAGGACAGUGUUAAAUCUUAGACAAUCCCUGAAAAACCUGAAAUACCAGCAGCUGGUGAGAUUUGACUUUUUUUUUAAUGGAAACUGUAGGUGCUGUUCUCAGGUGAAAAGAGAGAGAGAGACAUAAGAAAUUUAGAGAAAAAUAUUUUCAGAUCUUGGAUUUUUGUGUGUAUGUAUGUGUGUGAUUAUGGUACUAAUAGGAAUAACGUUGGACCAUUGUGAGUUAAACCCACAUCUGGGGAUGAAAUCCCACAUCCUCCCAAGUGACUGGUCUAGAAAUAAUCUUGACCUUGACUUUGCACUUCAAAUGACAACUUAACCAAGUAUAGGGCUCAGAAAUUAUAUUUUUAAAUGUCUAAUAUGAUGAUUAUUGGAUGGAUCAGGUGGCCCUGUGUAAUAGAGGUGUGCAUGUAUAACAUGGAAGCUACUAGCAAACUGCUCCCAGAUGUCCUUUCUCCCUGGUCAGUUGGUUCCAUUAAUGUUUGCUACUUAGUGAUUUUUGUUUUUCCUGUUGAUAUUUCAAGCAAAACAAUCAUUGUUUUCAUUGAAUAUAUUUGGCCAUUUUUCAGACAAAUAGAAUUAGCUUAUUUCUUCAACAUUCCAUCCUUUCCCGAUCAGGAAAUGAAACUGAUGAUUUUACAAGGUAUUUUUCACCCCUCCAUGAAACGAGGUGGAGGCCUUUAGCAUUUCAGAAGUGUGGGCCAUGUGUAGUUCAUGCCAUAAAAAGUAGGGUUUAAUGAAAAUUCAUUGCAGUCCAACAAAAUGGAGCCUGGCUGCGCCCAGGGAUUCUUGCCACUGCUCUUCCCUUGCUGUCAGAUGAAUCCACUGAAGUCCAACUUUGGUUCGAGCAGAGUAUUUGCGAAGAGCAACAACUGAAUGUGAUGGGACUGCUUAUGUAGAUUUUGCCAGCCAAAUGCCAAGGCAGUUGUAGGGCCUGUACAAAUAAAUGCAAAAUCAUUUCAAGUCAAUUGCCAUUAUUUGUAUUGAAGUAUCAGAUAGUAAAUACUGCAACUAGUAGCUCGAUGUGCUAUAGUUUUCACUCCAGUCAUCAUUUUCCUAUCUCACCCCCCGAAACACCACCCUAAAGUUGGAUUUUUACAUAUAAAUAAUGAAAAAAAAGAAUCCCUUUUAUUUUUCUCUCUCUCAGAAGACUUGCUCUGGGGUUUUGCUUGGAGGAGCUGAUCAUAGCCUGCAUGUCAGAGAUUUCAUUUUGUUUGUUUUUCUGUUUGUUUUUGAUGACUUUAUUUUCAUUUGAACUGCCUCUUUUUGCUAGUGUUGUAAUAAUGAUGAUGAUGAUAAAAUAAUAAUAAUAAUAAUAGUAAUAAUAAUAAUAAUGGUCAGCUGUUCCCAGAUUAGUAAGUUAUGUAUAAUUUAUUUUAUUUCUCCCUUUCUAUUUUAUUCUGCUCUGAUUUGGAAGUGCAGCCAAUAAGCUGUUAGAUAUUUAAAACAAAUUUCCAUCUCCAACUCAUAUAUGUAUGUAUAUGUAUAUAUAUACAUAUAUAUAUACACACACACACAUUUACCCACAAUUUUACUUCUCCUUCCAUAAGUUUUCUCCUUUUUAAGAAUUUUGGCCCCAACAAUAUCAGUUCUGAUGUUUAAAACAAAGGAGUGAAUUAAUAGGAGGGUCGUGUUCAAUCUUAAUUAACUUAUGCUCUCAUCACUCAUUUUAGUUAUUUAAUUGCCACAGUCAUCUAGAGCCAAUUUUUUUUUUGUUUCUGUUUGUUUCGUUUUCAAGCACUCUGGAUAAGGAAAAAAUAGACACUUGUUUUUAUAUCAUUUUUAUGUACAAUGUGAAAACAGAUUUUUAAAAAAUUUGUUCUCUGUCUUUGUUAACAAAUUCCUUCUGAUUUAUGUGGGUUCACCUCUCACGUUUGCUGGAUACUUACUUUACACCAUGUUAUAAAAGAUGCUUUGUUUUCAUUUCAUGACUUUGGGCUACAAGAAUACUUUGUUUUAGCUCCAGGUAGAUGCCAUUGAAGGCAUUCGUGGCUGAAACCAAUUCUAACACACUUACCAGUGAAUUGACAACACGUUGGUGUUUAGUCUUUUUUUGUUGUUGUUUUAUUUUGUUUUAUUUGAAGGGGAAAACAAAAUUGUUAAUGGUGACUUUUAACUGCUGAAAUUCAAAAGUUGAUUUUAGUUAGGUUUAUGUCCGAGACUAAACUGUGCAUGAACUGAAACAAAAAGCAAGUUCAUAGCCCUGCAUUCUGUUCUCUUGUUCUGACGGUUAAUUCACUGGAUAUCAAAUUUUCUUUGCCCUAGUUUUCCCCAAAGGAAAACAAAAGCAAAAAUAGUUAUAUCAAUAUUGAAAGUGCUUUGAAGUCACUUGAUAAAAGGUGCUAUGAAUAGCAACUUACUGUGUUACUACAUUGCCUUUUUGGCAUUGGUUGAUUUAUAAUUUUGGUAAAGGAUCCUAAAACCCUGUAUUCUUUUUCUGUGCCUCAUAAUGACCAAAAAAGAUAAAGUAAAGAAAAUGAGAGUAAGAUCAAAAGAUCAAACUAAAACAUAAACGGUCUCCCUCCUCUCUGCUUUCUUAUCUGUCUGUUCACACUUUAUCUCUUUUCCUUUCUCCCUCUCUCACAUGCACACACACACACAAACACACACACACACUUGCCCCGACACUGAGAAAUAAUCUUGCCAGAAUUCUGGUUUUUAAUGUUGUUGUAGUCAGUUUCUCUAAAAAUAGUCCUGUUUUCAUAUGAAUCUAAGACAACAUCACUGGAGAAAAUAAAGUUACUCAUUUAUAGUUACUAAUAAUAACUUAGUGAUUAAGUUACUACAAUUGGAUAAAAUACAAAACUAUUCUUCAGUACAUUUCUACCUAAAUUACUGAAGUCCAUUUUUAAAGUUCAUUUGGCAUCUGCAGUUAAGAGUUAACCAUGUAUAAAAUCCCUCCCAAAGAACAUAAUCAUCAUUGUUAAAACCAAAUCCUCUUAUAAAGAACAAAUAUAAAAAAAAAAAAGUUUUCUUUGGUGAAGCUAUUUUAUAGAUUUGAUUUCUGGAGUAGAAUUUUACCUUAAUUCAUCUAAAGAAAAUUAACCAUUUUUUGGUCCAACUUCAGAUAUUUUCUUAAUCCAGAAGCUGUGACUGUUCCCAGAAGAAACCUCUUAUAUCACAUUUAAAACAAAAAAUAAUUACACUUUCAUUCAUUCUAAUGGGUAAAUUAUUGAAUUGUAAUAAACAACUGUAUAUUUACAAACAGGUUUAUAAGAUAUUUGUCUAUCAACUUAACAGUAAAAUAAAACUUAUGGGGUCCACAAGGAAAACUAUGAAGGCCACUUAAAGUGGUUCAGGUAUCUCUUUGUCUUGUAGGGCAUAGCUGUUGGUUUAGCCAGGCUUUUACAGUAUUUAAUUUUAAAGUUUCCUAUAACUAUCAACUUCCCAGGUUGAAGAUGAUGUGUUGAGUUUCCUACUGAUUGAUUCCUGUCCUCCCCAGUGUUUCUGUCACUGGUUCACUAAAACAGUAUUUAUAUAGCUCCACUGGCUCUAAAGCUUUUAGUCCUUCUAACAUUUUGGAUUUUACAAGUAAAAAUGGAAAAAAAAAAAAAUAGAAAAGAGACAAUCAAAUGCCUGGAGCUUAAAACAAAGUAUGUGCAACCUACCAUCUCACUUGAAAUUUAAUGAAAUAAAUAAUUAUGUAAAUAUAACAUAGAGUUAUAGAUUUAUAUUUUGUUCAUAACACAUAGUGUAAUAUAAGUUGUAUAUUUUCAUGUUUUUGGUUUUAUGUUAUCAUUCAUGCCACAAUAAAAAUAAAACAGGAGUUUAUGUGCUCUUAAAAAAAGGAUGUGGGUUGCCACCAACCUGUUUUUUGUUUUUGUUUUUUGUUUAUUUUAUUUUAUUUUUUUGCAUUCUCCUUUUUCAGUAUUACUGCCAUGCAAGGCACCAAUAAAAACAGCAAAUGUGUUCUUUACCUA